ACCCGGCCCGUAACGUAACAGUGGCGCGAGUCGAAACGGCCAUUCGGAUCCACUCCUCGCUCUCCACCUACUGGUCAGAGUGUGACGACUCUCGAAGAGGCUAAACGGUGCGUUUCACGCUGGACCAAUUGCACCGGAGCAACUAGGCUCCAACGACUGGUAGGUGAUACGUGGUUCCCUACGAAGUGCACACAGACCAAACCCCAUUCUACGCUACAAUUUCUGAUUCCCUAAAUUUUUCAAAAACCCUCAAAAUUCUCAAAUGUCCUCCGAUUCCAGCUCAACCUCCGGCGACGAAUUCACCAACCCUAGCCCUAACCCUAAUUCCACCUCCAAACCACUCGAAGAUCAAUUCGCAUCGGCCGCAUUGACCGAGCCCGACAACGAACCGCCGGAGAUUCAAGAAUCCCCAAACGGUGUCGCGAAUGGUUCCGUUGGCGAGAACAGUCACGGGGAGAUCGAAAGCAAUGAACGAGAAGGAGCGGUUGGGAGCAAUUUGGAGGCGAGGCAGAGUGUGAGGUGGAGGAGGACGAAUUCGGAGGUGGAAGUGGAGGCGCCGUCGAGCCCGAGUAGCAGUGGGUACGCCGGUGAAAGGGGCAGCAGUAGUGGCAGUGGGAGUAGUGGCGGGUUCGACAUGAUUGGCGGUGGGAUUGGUGGCGGCGACGAUGAGGAGAUACAGGAAGUCAGCAAUGUCGAUUCCAUUCAGGAUUCUCAGGCCUCCUGGAUGCCUGGAAAGCGUCACGUCGACGAGGAUGAUGCUUCCCUAUCGUGGAGAAAAAGGAAGAAGCACUUCUUUAUUUUAAGUAACUCAGGCAAACCAAUAUAUUCCAGAUAUGGGGAUGAACACAAGCUAGCAGGAUUUUCAGCAACAUUACAGGCUAUAAUUUCCUUCGUGGAGAACGGGGGGGAUCGUGUCAAAUUGGUCAGGGCAGGAAAUCACCAGGUGGUUUUUCUUGUGAAAGGACCCAUUUACUUAGUUUGCAUUAGCUGCACAGAAGAACCCUAUGAGUCAUUGAGGGGGCAACUGGAGCUAAUAUAUGGUCAGAUGCUUCUUAUUCUAACGAAGUCAGUAAAUAGGUGUUUCGAGAAGAACCCAAAGUUUGAUAUGACACCUUUGCUUGGAGGGACAGAUGUUGUCUUCUCAUCUUUAAUCCACUCUUUCAGUUGGAAUCCGGCUACAUUUCUUCAUGCAUACACUUGUCUUCCCCUGGCUUAUGCAACGAGGCAAGCUGCAGGUGCUAUAUUGCAAGAUGUUGCCGAUUCUGGUGUUCUAUUUGCAAUAUUAAUGUGUAAACACAAGGUUAUCAGUCUUGUUGGUGCUCAAAAAGCUUCUCUUCAUCCUGAUGAUAUGUUACUACUUGCCAACUUUGUCAUGUCAUCAGAAUCAUUUAGGACUUCUGAAUCAUUUUCACCAAUCUGCCUGCCAAGAUAUAAUCCCAUGGCAUUUUUGUAUGCUUAUGUCCAUUAUCUUGAUGUUGACACAUACUUGAUGUUGCUUACUACUAGUUCAGAUGCCUUUUAUCAUCUUAAGGAUUGCAGGAUUCGUAUUGAAAUGGUCCUUUUGAGGUCAAAUGUUCUUAGCGAAGUUCAGAGAUCCAUGCUAGAUGGAGGGAUGCAUGUUGAGGAAUUGCCUACUGAUCCAUUACCUCGUUCUGGAACUUUAUCUCCACAUCUGGGCCAACCCAGAGAUUCUCUUGAGAGUUUAAGAGAACCAUUUGUUGGCAUUGGUGGUCCUGCUGGACUUUGGCAUUUCAUGUACCGUAGUAUAUUUCUGGAUCAAUAUGUAUCUUCUGAGUUCUCACCACCAAUUAAUAGCCCACGUAAACAGAAAAGAUUAUAUAGGGCUUACCAGAACCUUUAUGCUUCCAUGCAUGAUAAAGGAAUUGGGCCUCACAAAACUCAGUUUAGAAGAGAUGAAAAUUAUGUUCUACUCUGUUGGGUCACCCAGGAUUUUGAACUAUAUGCAGCAUUUGAUCCACUUGCAGACAAGGCAGUGGCGAUAAAGACUUGCAACCGAGUUUGCCAAUGGGUGAAAGACGUGGAAAAUGAAAUAUUUUUGCUGGGAGCAAGCCCCUUUUCGUGGUGAUACACCAAUUAUUCUGUAAUCAGCAUGUACUAUAGUUUUUUUUUUUUUUUUUUUAAUUUAUUUUUAAAUGAAAUCCCACCAUAAUUUUUUCCAUCACUCUUUCAUUACCAUGGUGCUGACAUGUUGAUCAUAAUCUACCAAUUUCUUGAGUCACCUCAUCAUCAAUUUGUAAGAGCAGUCCUUUGUCAUCUACUAAUAAAAGGAAAUAUACACGUCAAUAUUUAUAA